CAGUAAGUUUCCCUCCCCGGGUGUUUGCUCAUCAGCCAACAGUUUCCGGUUUAUCGUCAGUGUGACUUUUUCCGGUCAGAGUCCAAACACGCAGACAUGCCACUUGCAAAGGAUCUGCUGCAUCCCAGCUCUGAGGAUGAAAAGAGGAGACACAAGAAAAAACGUCUCGUCCAGAGUCCUAAUUCAUAUUUUAUGGAUGUCAAAUGUCCAGGAUGCUACAAGAUCACCACAGUGUUCAGUCACGCUCAGACUGUAGUGCUUUGUGUCGGCUGUUCCACAGUCCUCUGCCAGCCUACAGGAGGGAAAGCUCGUCUGACAGAAGGAUGCUCAUUCAGGAGGAAACAGCACUAGUUUGAGCAGAGAUUGGUGUGACACAACUGAGAGAAAUGAACCAGAACUUGAUGGUCAUCAAGUGACACUGCCAUGGAGCGGAAGCAGCCAAAAGGGAAUGGAGAGCGGGAAAACAAAAAUCAUGUAAUAUAAGAAGCCUAUCUAAAUGAUAAUAAUGCACAGAGAAAUACUUGGCCUUGUCAAGACCCCACCACAUAUUCAUUUAUGCUUCUCUGUUAAUAAACUUAGGUUUUUUUGUUAAAAUAAUCUUGCAUGUUUGCCAUCUGGUUUGUUCUUUGUAUGUCAUGAAACUCCUUAGAUGUCAUUUGUCUGGUAAAAGACACUUGUCAACUUAGAAACCCCUUCAGGUGGAAUGAUAUGUGAAAAAAUCAGGGCAUUUGAGGACACUGAUAUACACGUAUAUGUGGUUUCAAUAUGUUUUGAAGCAAGAGAUUUGCAUUUGUUUGCAGUGCGGUUCAUCCUUCAUUGAUUUUAGCACAAACAUCUAGAGGAAAGUGAGGGGAUGAAAUGAGCCUUGCAGAUAUUUUCCAACAGUUUCUCAGCACUCUAUAGAUUUAUGCAAACUUCCUUUCAUAAAUAUUGACCGGUUUUAGGAAAGGAGACACACUGUGGCUGAAAAUGCAAAUUACAUCUAAGAAACAGUCUUUUUACUACAGAAUUUUACUACGUUGACGCCACACUCUGCAUAAUUCAGUGUUGAUUGAUGUGUGUUUAGAGCUUGUAAUAAAUACAGACACUAAAUAUAUAUGUAUCUGCCAAAUAAAUGCUGCAGUGAAGUCAACAUUUUAUUUAAGGAAGAUGAUGUCAUCAGUGCCUGCUCCACAGGCGGCGGUGUCUGCACAUGGCCCCGCUCUCAGAUUCAGGGAAAGCCGUCGCUGGCUCUGCUUCUGUUUCCUGCUGCUUGUAAAACAAACACAGUGACGUGACAGCUUAAAUGUCAUCAUAAUGAACACUGAGGUUGUGAAUUUACAUCUGAUUGCAAGCUUCCUGUGAAAACGAGAUCGAUUCUUGUUAAAUUGCACAAAAAUCUGUUGCUUGGAAGAAGUGGGAACUGUUACGAGGAUUUCAAUGAAAUAAUUGUGGGCAUGUAGGCCAUUUGCACACUAGUAUGUGACAGAAUUGAGUUGUACAUUGAAUAAAGAAAUAAAUCAGGA